GCGCAGAAGCCCUGAUUUCUUGGUCAGCAGCGGGUAAAGAGCACUAGCUGCGCGUGUUUUCGCUGUUAGUCUCAGUCUCGCUGUUUCAACUCGCCAAAAUGCUCAGAUUCCUUCCAAAAUUACUACUGUUGCUGUUGCUAGCAUUCCCAGCAACUAUUUUCAUGAAAGGCACGUUAGUAGCUGCGCAAGAUGUUACAGAAGAAGAAGAGGCAGCUGAUGAAGAUACUACUGAUGAUGUGAUUGCUGAAGAUGAGGAUGAUGAAGCAGAGGUGGAAGAUGAUGAAAACACAGAACUGACUGAAGAAAAAGAUGAAGAGGAAGAAGAAGAAGCUCUAGCAGGAGAGAUGAAGCCUUCCCCUAAUGCUGAUACAACCAUUCUGUUUGUCAAAGGAGAAGACUUUCCAGCCAACAACAUUGUGAAAUUCCUGCUGGGCUUCACCAAUAAAGGGAGUGAAAAUUUUGUGGUCGAGUCUCUGGACGCUUCUUUCCGCUACCCUCAGGACUUUCAGUUUUACAUCCAGAACUUCACUGCUCUGCAGCUGGGCACGGUGGUCCCUCCACAGCGCCAGGCCACGUUUGAGUACUCUUUCAUCCCAGCUGAGCCGAUGGGCGGGCGCCCCUUCGGCCUGGUCAUCAACCUCAACUACAAAGACAGCAGUGGCAACGUUUUCCAGGAUGCAGUGUUUAACCAGACAGUCACCAUCACUGAGAAAGAGGAUGGUCUGGAUGGAGAGACGAUCUUCAUGUAUGUGUUCCUCUCUGGGCUUGGGCUUCUGGUGGUUGUUGGCCUGCAUCAGCUCCUGGAAUCUAGGAAGAGGAGGAGACCUGUGGCCAAGGUGGAGAUGGGGACUUCCAACCAUAAUGACGUUGAUAUGAGCUGGAUCCCUCAGGAGACACUCAAUCAGAUCAUGCAGAGUCGGCGAGAUAAGGCUUCUCCCAGAAGAUCACCCCGUAAGAGGACGCAGAAGCGCUCCGCUGGAUCAGAUGAGUGAAGAAGGAGUGUAGCUCUGUGGCUCAUGGCUGUAUGGUGCAUGCUACUGUGCACAGAUUGACCAUCAUACAACACGCCUACGGACUGGUCAAUACACACGUACAUCUUUACCAAUAUGGUCACAUUUUUUAAAAAUAUAACAAAUAAGCAAAAAAAAAAAAAAAAAAACGUUUGACAACAAUGAAAAGCUACUCCAGCCACUGUAAUAGUGUAAUUAUUUUCCUUUUUUCCCUUUUUUUUUUUUCUUUUUUUUUUUUGGAGAUUAGUCAUUUUGACACAAUUUUGCUUUUUAAUCUGUGGAUAAGAGGCAUAAUCACGUUAGGGUUUGUGGAGGUUUUUCGUUUGUUUCUAGAAAGCCAUGCCUCUGUUGUAAAUUUUUUCUUGGCACUGAUUGUCCUCAUGCACACGUGUAUGCUUAGCUGGGUCUUCCUCACUAAUUCAGUUACUUGUUGCCAGCCAAUACGAGUGUGCGUUUGCCACAUUUUUAAAGUGCACUGCGUUUUUGUUUUGGGCCAUUCUAUUCUGCCAUUUUGGUUUUGGAGGAUUGCUCACUGUAUGAAAGCCAAUUGUAAUAAUGGACUCAAUAGCUCCCAGAUUGUGCCUAUUUUUCUGAUUCUCCGUUGUCAAUUCACCUCUCGGAAUGUCCCCAGACUCAGUUUUCAAGUGUGUUUUUUUCAGGAUUUUAAAUCUCCUAGUAUGAUUUCCAAGAGCACUGAUAGUACAUACUGUGUGGUGCUUGGAACAGGGAGUCUGUGGAUUAAUUUAUUUCUUGUUGGGUCUAUUUUUUUUUUUUUUUAAAUGCUGUGUCUUGUGGCAUGGAUUUGGAUGCCCAUAAUUAAUAUUGUGUGCUUUAAAAGCAUAGUACACUACUGUAUGCAAAUGGGUCCUUAUAUUUCCUGUGGGCUUUGCCAACCCAUGGUAUAUCAGCAAUCAGUGCUUUAGACAUGUACAUGCUUUUUAGUUGGUGUGUGAUUUAUUGACUGAUAACAUUCUUAUUGAUGUUUAUAAGGUUGACUGAUACUGUUUGAGAAUCAUUUACAUGUAGAAAUGUCAACCAAUUGAAGCAUAAGCUGAAACCAUGCAGUUCACAGGGUUUCUCUACUUAGUCAUGGCUUUCUCUCAUUGGGACUUUUAGCUCUGCUCUACUUUGCAAAGACUCAAACAAUUGUUCCCAUUUUUUGUUGAACAAAUGGUGCAAUUAAGGCUACCCACACAAGUAUUAACGAUGAAAAAAUAUUGAAGAGAUUGUGGGUUCACAUGGAAAAGUACAAAAUAAAGAUGGACAUAAAUGUGA